ACCACUUUUUUCCAUUGAGUUCAAAUUUCCAAACACUAGUUUUCUUUUACUGCAUUUUGCUAAGACAAGCCGAGAAACAAAGUGAAAUAUUGCUGAGAGUUUGUGGAGAUGAGUGCCUUGAGUGAGGGUCUUACCCAAAUUGUGAUACCUUUAGCUUCCUUGGUGGGCAUUGGUUUUGCUUUGCUUCAAUGGUUUUUGGUCUCUAGGGUGAAGCUCUCAUCACAGGAUUCAAGCAAUGGAUAUAAACAAAAACUGAUUGAAUCUGAUGAAGAAGAAGAGGGUAUUAACAAUCUUGAGAUUUCCAUCAAGUGUACUGAGAUUCAACAUGCCAUUUCUGUUGGUGCAACCUCUUUCCUCUUUACUGAAUACAAGUAUCUUGGUAUCUUCAUGUGUGUAUUUGGUGCUAUCAUAUUCCUCUUCCUUGGUUCAGUUAAGGGCUUCAGCACCAAAAGCGAACCAUGCACAUACAGCCAGGGAAACACUUGCAAACCAGCCCUGGCAAAUGCCAUCUUUAGCACAAUUGCUUUCUUGCUGGGGGCUCUUACUUCAGUCCUCUCAGGUUAUCUAGGGAUGAAGAUUGCAACUUAUGCCAAUGCCAGAACAACAUUAGAAGCAAGGAAAGGUGUUGGCAAGGCAUUUAUAACAGCUUUCCGCUCUGGAGCUGUCAUGGGUUUCCUGCUUGCAGCCAAUGGCCUUUUGGUGCUCUAUGUAUCCAUCAAUUUGUUUAAACUCUACUAUGGUGAUGACUGGGAAGGACUCUAUGAAUCUAUUACUGGUUAUGGUCUAGGUGGUUCUUCUAUGGCCCUGUUUGGAAGAGUUGGGGGAGGAAUAUAUACGAAAGCAGCCGAUGUUGGUGCUGAUCUUGUCGGUAAAGUCGAGCGGAAUAUCCCCGAAGAUGAUCCACGAAAUCCAGCUGUUAUUGCCGAUAAUGUGGGUGAUAAUGUAGGAGACAUUGCUGGAAUGGGAUCUGAUCUAUUUGGUUCUUAUGCUGAAUCAUCAUGUGCUGCUCUUUUUGUUGCAUCCAUAUCAUCCUUUGGUAUCAGCCAUGAGUUUACAGCAAUGUCUUAUCCCUUGCUCAUUAGCUCAAUGGGAAUUGUGGUAUGUUUGAUAACUACACUUUUUGCAACUGAUCUGUUUGAGAUCAAGAAAGUAAGUGACAUCGAACCGUCGUUAAAACGACAACUGCUUAUCUCCACCGUUCUCAUGACUGCCGGGAUUGCUGUCGUUAGCUUCUUUGCAUUGCCAUCAGAAUUCACUCUCUUCAAUUUUGGAACCGAAAAGGAAGUGAAGAAUUGGCACUUAUUCUUCUGUGUUGCUAUCGGAUUGUGGGCUGGACUCAUUAUCGGUUAUACUACAGAAUAUUAUACUAGCAAUGCUUACAGUCCGGUGCAGGAUGUAGCAGAUGCUUGCAGGACAGGAGCUGCAACAAAUGUGAUUUUCGGGUUGGCUCUGGGAUACAAAUCGGUCAUUAUCCCCAUAUUUGCCAUUGCCAUCGCUAUUUACGUGAGCUUUAGCCUGGCUGCAAUGUAUGGAAUCGCGGUGGCCGCUUUGGGGAUGCUCAGCACUAUAGCCACCGGUCUUGCAAUCGAUGCAUAUGGUCCCAUAAGUGACAAUGCUGGCGGUAUUGCAGAAAUGGCCGGAAUGAGUCACAAGAUUCGCGAAAGAACCGAUGCUUUAGACGCUGCAGGAAACACCACUGCAGCUAUUGGGAAGGGUUUCGCAAUCGGAUCGGCAGCCCUUGUUUCACUUGCUUUAUUUGGUGCCUAUGUUAGCAGAGCAGGCAUCAAGACCGUAGAUGUAUUGACACCAAAGGCUUUCAUUGGUCUCAUAGUUGGAGCCAUGCUCCCUUACUGGUUUUCCGCCAUGACAAUGAAAAGUGUCGGAAGCGCAGCUCUCAAAAUGGUCGAAGAGGUUCGUCGGCAAUUCAAUACAAUUCCAGGACUAAUGGAAGGCAGGGUAAAACCAGACUACGCAAACUGCGUCAAGAUAUCAACUGAUGCCUCACUCCGCGAAAUGAUCCCACCCGGCGCACUCGUUAUGCUUACUCCACUUAUAGUAGGAACCCUUUUCGGAGUCGAAACUCUCGCCGGUGUCCUAGCUGGUGCACUAGUUUCCGGUGUCCAGGUUGCCAUCUCAGCUUCAAACACAGGAGGAGCAUGGGAUAAUGCCAAGAAAUACAUUGAGGCGGGUGUUAGCGAACAUGCAAAGUCAUUGGGACCAAAAGGUUCAGAAUGUCACAAGGCAGCAGUGAUAGGAGACACAAUAGGGGAUCCACUGAAAGACACUUCAGGUCCAUCACUAAACAUCCUCAUCAAGCUCAUGGCUGUUGAAUCUUUGGUCUUUGCUCCUUUCUUCGCCGCUCAUGGAGGCUUUCUUUUCAAAUUCAUCUAAAUUUCAAGCUCCUUUUAACAAUACAUACAUGCAUGCAUGCAUAUAUAUAUAUAUAUCAACAGUAGAGUUGUAAGUUAGAGGAUAUGGGGAACUUUUGUAUUAAGAAUAAGAUAUGUAAAGGAAAGUCAGGCCUUGCUUUUAA